AAGCGGGACGAAGGGAGCGCGGCGUGAGCGCAACACGAUGCUAUAAGGGCGGGUACGCAACCGAGUCUCCGCAGUGAGCGCCGCGACGCCUUCGUAGACGUAUCGGUUUGAGCCGAGCAUCGGUGAUUGCCGGUAACACGAGGCGUUCUUACUCGAUCGCUGUUCCUUUCCGGACAAUUGUGUUGUGCUUUUGUGUUUCACCUGUUUCUGUCAAUAGAGAAAUAAACUCAGCAGCAGGAUUUUUUGGGCAACAAACUGCCGUUGGAUUGCGUUCCGACGAGAGGAAAAUGGGUCUCUGGACGCAUGGGGAAAAUGAUCAUCCGAAUUUCGGAAACUGAAAGGUGAGGGCUGGAGAAACGAGGAGCAUUACGAGAUACCCUGGAGCGAGGCUUGGCCAGCAUAAAACGAAGAAUCCGGGUUGAGCGUCUACCGAAAUCGUAGGAAGACGCGAUUAUAGAGGGGACGAUAUAGCAGAGGCUAUUCGGAGGAACGGAACGAUUCUUUAUCAGCGAAUCUUCGAGCGAGUAUGACGAACGACGAGCCUCGGUACGUUUCACGAAUCGUUGCUUCCGACGAGCAGAAGACGUCGCGUCGUCGUUGGCAGAGCUGAAGAACCUUUCAUCGUCGCAUCUUGGAGGAAACGAGCUCGCUCGUGGUCGACUUAAUCUCAGGUCGACCCAUGCAAAGCCUGAAACGACGCGAGAACGAGAAGAGUAGCCUGUUCAAAGAGGUCGCGGUGGAUUUAGCGAGGGUAACUCAUCCGGCGUGAUAGUAUCGAGUCCCUGAUAUUAGCCGCGAUCGAUUCUAAUCGAAAUCCCGUCGAGGUUAUCGGGAGAACGAAGAGGACAUUAGAGCAGAAGAUAUUCGUCUUCCUUUACCAAGUUCAUUUCGAAGGCUCCGCUCAUUUCCUUUUAUCUGGGCCGAUUCUCAUUCGUGCGACGAAACCUUUCCCGCCAUCUCGCAUUCCCUCGCGUCGUGCACGUAAAAAUAUAACGAUCUCGGGGCCGGCUUAUGGAGGACAGAGGGUCAGGAGAAAGAGAGAGAAGCAGAAGAGCCAGGCCGCGCGAUACCACAGCCUCCGCUGGUAUAAUCUCAUAAAACCUGCAGAAGAGUCCAUCCACGUGAGCGGUAAAGCCCGUCGACGACGUUCCGACGCUCGGAAUUGGUACGCUCCGCGUUCCUGCCGGUCACUUUCGACCCGUAUUCCACGCGAUAACCCAGCCGGUUGCUGAAAGAAUUAUCGGCCAAAGGAAGAGACUCGUAAAUUUCGACCGACCACUGAUGAUCCUUUCAUAUAGAUUAUUGGAAGAAGAAAUCAGAUUGAUCUCGGAUUGAUCCACGCUGCGGUUGAAUUAUGUAUCGCGCGUGAUACCGGAGAAGGCAGAGUUGCCGAAGAUUCGGUGAAGUACCGGAGAGAAAUGAGACGAGAGUUCACGAUCCUUGUUACACGGUUACCGAGCUAGCUGAACCUGUUGCUGCAAGAAUUAUUAUCCAAAAUUUGCUAGUAACCGGAGCACCCUAUAUUCGCGGUGUUUUAUGUGAUAGGUGAAUUAGGUUCAAGUUUGAGAAAGCAGAAGGGAACUGAAGUUUGACAUAAACUGUGAAUAUCUUUGAAGAAAAUCCUCUGUACGAAGGUUUUUUAUACUCAUCAAUAUUUAUAUAUUUGUAGGAAGAAAAGUUAUUUUAAACAUAUAUAAGGAAGAAAGUUGGAAUGCAGAAAUCUUGGUGUAUUCUUGAAACGUGAAAGGAGGAAGUGAAGCCAGCUCAUUACCAACGGUUCCUUCUCAAAUAACAUCUCUUAAGGGUAUUGUUAUGCGCGCGUACAGGUGUCUCUUUCAUAUUUCCGUACACGUCGUCUGAAUACGAAUCGCGAGAGAUGGAUCAGGUGCACGUGAAGUCGUUGAGGUCAGCCUCGAGAAGUAACCCGACGAAAAUGGCAUGCGAGAAAGCGACCAGACGUCUGAGGACGAUCCUGGUGAAGGCGUCCCGUCUAGGCGUCUCGACGACCGAGGUUGCCAGGCUGCCGAGCGCCAAGAAGCUCAUUCCGCAAAGGGAUCACGGAUGGAAGUUGGCGGUGUUCCUUUUGCUGAUGUUCGGCGGCGGCGUGAUCGUCGCGCUGGCCUGCACCGCAAGGAAAGGCUGCUCGAAGCUGGAGGAGAUCGAAAUCUCUUCGCAUAACGUCGCUGAGUAAGCAGGAACCUUCUCGCCCCUUCCGGUCGGAUACUCGUCGUCCGCCGACAGUGGAGAGGAAAAAAAAAAUCAUAUCUUUGUGAUUUACUGCUCGACCGAUUUUCACCGUGGACCGGUGCUCGCAUGUAGAAAUCGUCUGUAUAAAAACGCGAGCUGCAAGCCGCUUCUGGCGAGGCUUAAUAUCUUUCGCGCUCGGAUUUGCCGCGACAAAAAUUCUCCCCUCGCGUUUACUCAAUUACGCAGGUAACCUGUUUCCAAAUGAGACGAGAACACGGUUAUUUUUGUCGGCUUCUCUUUCGUCCUGGUGGAACGUGCAGGAUCGGCACUGGUGGGAUCAGCGGACGAGAUAAAUCUCGUAUAAUUUUCCCAUUAAUACGUAUUUGCGAAACGAUUACUUCAAGCUUAAAACCAACAGGAAAAAUAUGAAAGUUACAAAUUCCGAGUGCGUUUGGCUUAGCGAGAUAAAUUUUUUCUGUUAAUAACCA